AUGCUGAUCUGGCUACAAAUCGAUGCCUGUGUGGAACGUAUGCCGGUCGUGAAAAUGAGGGUCAACCUGGUGACCAUGCGCAAGUAUCAGGGCCUGACCAACUGCACCCACGAUUGUGGACCUCUGGUGGUGCGACCCAUUAAAGAGAAUUAUAUGUCGGAGGAACUCGUCUGCUGUGCGGGCUACGAGCGCAAGCAGGAGAACGGCGAGUGUUUGCCCAAGUGUCAUGAUUGUGGCGCCACCGGCAAAUGCCUCUCGCCGGAGGUUUGCCUGUGUGGCCAGGGCUACAACAAUCAACAGAAUCGGAGCGUCUGCCAGCCGGAGUGCAGUGAGCAGUGCGAAAAUGGACAGUGCAUUGGGCCGGAUGUGUGCCAGUGCAGCGCGGGCUAUCGAUUGCGCAACGACAGCAGAAGCAUUUGCGAGCCGGUGUGCAGCGGCAUCAACGAUUGCACCAACGGGCGCUGCGUGGCGCCGGAGCGCUGUGCCUGCCACGAGGGCUACGAGCGCAACGAGACGCUGGGCAAGUGCGUGCCCAUCUGCCUGGACAAGUCGGAGCACAGCGAUUGUGUUGCUCCCAACGAGCUGCGCUGCCAUGCCGGCUACGAGGGGCACUGGGGCGAGCGUUAUCGUUGCGAUCCCGUCUGCAGCAGCGGCUGUCGGAACGGUCUCUGCCUGGAGCCGGAGCGCUGUGCCUGCAAUAUGGGCUUUGCCCAUGUGAACAAUCGCAUCGAGGCCGGCUGUGAGCCGGUGUGUGAGCCGGCCUGCAUCAAUGGCACUUGUGCGGCGCCCAAUCAUUGUCAAUGCCAGGCGGGUCAUGUGCCACUCAAUGGCUCCCAGGCGCACAUUUGCACGCCCAGCUGCCGGCAGGGCUGUGAGAAUGGCUUCUGCAAUGCACCCGGUCGCUGUGAAUGCCAUGAGGGCUACGCAAAGCUAUAUCCGCAUCGCUGUACACCCAUUUGCUAUCCCGCCUGCGGCCACAAUGCCCGCUGCACUGCCCCCAACACCUGCAGCUGUGAGGAGGGCAACGUGCCGGUCAAUGGCAGCAGCAUACACUGCGAGCCGUACUGCAGCAAGGGCUGCAACAAUGGCAUCUGCAGCAGUCCGGAGGUGUGCAGCUGCCUGGCUGGCUAUGAGGCGGUGACCGCAUCCUAUUGUGAGCCCAAAUGCACGCGCUCCUGCAUCUAUGGCAGAUGUGUGGGUCCCGAUCUGUGCCGCUGCUUUAACGGUCAUCGUCCCAGCGCCCGGAAUCCGUUCGUCUGUGAGCCCAUCUGCAGCGAGCCCUGUGGCCAUGGUCGCUGCAUUGCCCCAGAGAUCUGUGAGUGUGAUCCUGGCUAUGCGAAGCGCUGGCCCAGCGGCUCUUGUGAGCCGUACUGCACACAGAAGUGCAUUAAUAGUCGGUGUGAGGGCGGCACCGGUCGCUGUCGCUGCUACGAGGGCUUCCAACUACGGCCCGGCUCCAAUUCCAUCUGCGAUCCGGUCUGUACGCCCAGCUGCAACUAUGGCAACUGCGUGGAGCCCAACAGCUGCGAAUGCUGGCCAGGCUAUGAAGACACCAAGCUGCAUUACGUGUGCGCGCCCACCUGCCGGCCCGCCUGCGAGAACGGACGCUGCGCGGCACCCGGCCGCUGUGAGUGCAAUGCCGGCUACGUGGCAACCAAUUCCAGUGCGCCGCAUUUGUGCUACGCCCAGUGCCGGGAGCGUUGCAUCAAUGCCGAAUGCUUGCGACCCAACGAGUGCGUCUGCCUUCCCGGCUACAACUUUGUCCAGGGCAGCAGCGCGGAGUGUGCGCCCGAAUGCAGCCAGCCCUGCGACGUGGAUAGCGUCUGUGUGGCGCCCGAAAUCUGUGAGCAGCGCCCAUUUCGAGCUCUCACCACGGGCGGAGCCGGCGGUGUCUCCAGCUGGACCAUGCUUGGUCUGGCGGUGCUGCUCUGCCUGCUGCUCGUUAUGCUGCCGGUGCUCCUCAUGCGCGAGUACUUGCAGCGACGUCAGGCCAGGAGGGAUAAACAGCGUGUCCAUCUGAUCGAGAAUCCCAGCUAUGGUGUUUGCCUGGCGGCCAGUGAAGAGCUGCCCGGUGACCAGGAGAUUGGAUUGGGCGAUUAA